AUGAUAUCAUUCGAUUUUAUAAUUGUCUUUUUAUGCUUUUAAAUUGAUAGACGAAGAAAGGAUCAAUGUUUCUUAGCCAAAGAUUAUUGGUGGAGGUAUAAUAAAUUACUUAUUCAUAUUUAGAGCUCUUUUGAUAUUCAUGAUCUAAGAAAUUCUAGUAAAUUUAGUUUAUGCAGUGUAUACUUGGGUUGAAGUGUUUGCUUGA